GUGAAAAACGACAUUAUGAGAAAUUCAAUAAAAUUCAAUUUAAGCAAAAUGCACAAUUGGAUGCUUUGGUGGUUUUUUGAAAAACUGAAGACAGAAAAAUUCUCAAAACUUUCGGGGUGAAAAGAGGAAGAAAUAGAGCUCAUUUCACUGAAAUUUUGAAUUCAUUCAGUGGAAAAUGACCACCUGAGAAAUUCUUUAAAAUCAACUUACAAAAUCCAAUUUAAGCAAAAUGCACCUUCAAACAUUUCGAUGGUUUUUUGAAAAACUGAAGAGAUGAAAACUCUCAAAAAUUUUGGAUUUAAAGAGGAGCUCAUUUCCCUAAAAGCUUUAAUUGAUUUAGUGAAAAAUGACAUUAUGAGAAAUUCUAUAAAAUCCAAUUUAAGCAAAAUGGACCCUUGGACACUUUGGUGGUUUUUUGAAAAACUGAUGAGGGAAAAAUUUUAAAACUUCUGGGGUAAAAAGAGGAAGAAAUGGAUCGAGAGCCGGUAAUAAUUACAAUUUGAACUAAAAGAUCAAUAUCCUCUCAAAGACAUUUCUAGAGGGGGAUUUAUCACUUUUAUUUGAAUAUCAAGAAGGAGAAAAAGCUCUUAGUUCUAUUUCUGAGCUUUAAAACCACUUUCAAUUUAUUUAGCUUUAGGUACGAAAAAAAACUCUUUAUCUAUAAAUGCUGAAAGUUUUUAGCUUCUGUCACUGAAUUAUUCACUUUUAUUUGAGCAUCAACAUAGAAAGAAGUUAUCAAACACACUUUUAGAGAAAAUUUUCAUAAUCCGACAUCACUGUACAACUAAUUUAUCACUCGUCGACAAUUUCAAUUAAAAUUUUAACGCAAGUCAAGGUUAAUCCCGUCCAGUGCCGAUAUCAAAACCAUAAGCCACAAUAUUUCUUCGGUACUCACUACGUAGUUCGUUAGCCUACCGGCAACAACAAAAUACCAUUAACAUGGAAAUUAUUUCGUGGUGCGGUACUCACUCGGAUUACGUUAAUAAAUAUUGUUUGUAUGAUAACACAUUGAUAUGAUAAGCAAAUUUUUUGAAAUUUAUUCUGUGAAAAAUAUCAAGGUAAGUACCUACUGUUACUCAACAAUGCUGUGUACCAAAAGCAACAUUGCAAGAUAUUGCACCUCAAGUGCAAAAGAACUAAAAGACAUCCCUUGUGCAAAAGGUCUUCCAAUUAUUGGUACUACUUUAUCUUUAAUCCUAGCCGGAUCAACGCCAAAGCUCCACAAAUACAUCGAUAAAAGACACCAGCAACUCGGACCGAUUUUCAAAGAACGCAUCGGCCCAGUUGAAUGCGUAUUCAUUUCAGAUCCGCAAGCAAUAAGACUGGCCUUUGCUUGCGAAGGAAAGUACCCUUAUCACGUUCUUCCAGAGGCCUGGACCACUUAUAACGCUUUACACAAUGUUUCCAGAGGUUUGUUUUUCAUGAACGGCCAAGAGUGGUUGCAUUUUAGAAGGAUUUUGAAUCCGCUGUUGCUCAAAGGCGAUCAGAGUUGGCUGAAAGAUUGUUGUGGGCCAGCAAUAGAGAAUUUGAUUGGUAAAAUUGACAAUAAAUAUGAAAUUGAUUCAAUGCUUUAUCACUGGUCUAUAGAAGUGAUUGUGUCAGUAUUAAUAGGAGCUAGUAAUUAUGCUGAGAAUAAGGAGAGGCUGGAUAAGGAGAUUGGUUAUUUGGCUUCAAUUUUGCAUUUGAUUUUUGAAACUAGCUCUAAAUUAGCUCUGAUUCCGUCAGGGUUUGCUGCUAAGUAUAGAAUUCCAAGAUGGAAAAAAUUCGAAGUUUCUGUUACAAUGGCUUUGAAAUCUACGGCCGAUUUGGUUAGCAAUCUAGCGACAAACUAUGAAAAUGGCGAAGGGUUAUUGGGCAAAUUAAAAGAGCAAAUGACCAUGAAUGAGGUUGUCAAAAUAGUAAUCGAUUUGAUUUUAGCUGCUGGCGAUACCACAGCUUAUUCAAUGGAAUGGUUGCUGUAUUCGGUUGGAAGGAAUCUCGAGGUUCAGAAAAGGCUGCGAGAGGAAAUUAGGGAUUAUGAGAAUAAGGGUCUAAGAUUAAACUCCAACUCCUACCUCAAAAACACGAUCAAAGAAUCCUUACGGCUCUAUCCGGUAGCUCCGUUUUUAACUCGAAUCCUACCUGAACCAGUUACAAUCAAUGGCUAUAAGCUCUCAGCCGGAACCGUAUUGAUCAUGUCAAUAUUUACGACGGGAAGGGACAAACGCAAUUUCAAUAAUCCAUUAGUCUUUGAUCCUGAUCGAUGGAAUAGGAGCGAGGAGGUUAGGACUGGGGUGGUACACAGUGCUGCAUUACCUUUUGCUAUGGGUGUAAGGUCCUGCAUAGGUAGGAAAUUAGCUGAAGCCCAACUGCAACUCACCCUAGCAAAAAUAGUACAAAAUUUCGAUUUCAAAGUCACCAACAAAAAAGAGGUUGACGUCAUAUUGAAGAUGGUGGCGGUCCCGUCUAGACAAAUCGAAUUUCAGUUUAAGCGAAUUUAAUAAAACUUUUUU